CUCUGGACAGAUGGUCCCCGCGAUCCACGCCUGAGCCUCGGAUCCGGUCACUGACGACACGGUGGAUAUGGAAUGGUGCAUGCCGCUGGGCCAAGUGUGCAGCCUCUGAACAACACCGGAAUCAUGGACAGUCAUCCGCUGUGCACUAGACCUUGUCCAGAAGGUCUGGACAAAGAAGAUGGAGUCGAGAGGCAAGGUCCCGUCACUUUCAACCACCGGCACAUGAGGAAGGCGUUCAAAGUCAUGAACGAGCUGCGCAGCCAGAAUCUGUUGUGUGAUGUGACCAUAGUGGCGGAGGACGUGGAGAUCGCUGCUCACAGAGUGGUCCUGGCCGCCGGGAGCCCUUACUUCCACGCCAUGUUCACGGGAGAGAUGGCCGAGAGCAGAGCAAAACGAGUGAGGAUAAAGGAGAUGGAUGGUUGGACUCUGGGCCUGCUGGUGGACUACAUCUACACAGCGGAGAUACAGGUCACAGAGGACAACGUGCAGGCGCUGCUGCCUGCAGCGGGCCUGCUCCAGCUGAACGAGGUGAAAAAGGCCUGUUGUGAGUUUCUGAGCUCUCAGCUUCAUCCGUCCAACUGUCUGGGAAUACGAGCCUUCGCUGACCUGCACGCCUGCUCUCAGCUGCUCGCACAGGCCAACAGCUAUGCAGAGCAACAUUUCGCUGAGGUGGUCGGGAGUGAGGAGUUCCUUAAUUUGGGCAUGGAGCAAGUGUCCAGCCUGAUCGCCAGCGACAAGCUCACCAUCCCCACGGAAGAGAAGGUUUUUGAAGCAGUCAUAGCCUGGGUCAACCAUGACAAAGAUGUCCGCCAGGAACACUUGGCUCACCUGAUGGAGCACGUCCGCCUGCCGCUCCUCUCCAGAGAAUACCUGGUGCAGCGGGUGGAGGAGGAGUGUCUGAUUAAGAACAGCAGUGCCUGUAAAGAUUACCUGAUUGAGGCCAUGAAGUAUCACCUGCUGCCGGCCGACCAGAGAGCUCUGAUGAAGACGGCACGCACACGCAUGAGGACUCCAGCCUGCUGCCCCAAGGUGAUGGUGGUGGUCGGAGGCCAGGCUCCCAAAGCGAUCCGCAGUGUUGAAUGUUACGAUUUUGAGGAGCAGCGAUGGUACCAGGUGGCUGAACUCCCCACCAGGAGGUGCAGAGCAGGUGUGGUGUACGUGGGCGGCUGUGUGUACGCAGUCGGCGGUUUCAACGGUUCUUUGCGUGUACGGACCGUCGACUGUUACGACCCGAUGAUGGACCGCUGGUCCAGCGUGAGCAGCAUGCAGGACCGCCGGUCGACGCUCGGUGCUGCUGUGCUCAACGGACUCCUGUACGCGGUGGGAGGCUUCGAUGGCAGCUCAGGUUUGUCCACCAUCGAGGCGUACAACGCUAAGACAGACGAAUGGUUCCAUGUGUUACCCAUGAGCACCCGGCGCAGCAGUGUGGGAGUGGGAGUUGUUAAUGGAGUCCUCUACGCAGUCGGAGGUUAUGACGGAGCGACCAGACAGUGUCUGAGUACAGUAGAAGCUUAUAAUCCAAAAAGUAACGUGUGGAACUACAUCGCUGAGAUGGGGACAAGACGCAGUGGAGCAGGUGUAGGUGUGUUAAAAGGUUUACUCUAUGCUGUGGGCGGACACGACGGGCCACUGGUGAGAAAGAGCUGUGAAGUGUACGACCCGACCUCCAACAGCUGGCGGCAGGUAGCGGACAUGAACAUGUGUCGACGUAACGCAGGUGUGUGUGCUGUGAACAACGUGCUGUAUGUGGUCGGGGGGGACGACGGCAGCUGUAAUUUGUCCUCUGUGGAGUUCUACAACUCGAACUCGGACAAGUGGACGCUGCUGCCGACCUGCAUGAGCACCGGACGCAGUUAUGCAGGUGUGACAGUGAUCGACAAGCCCUUAUGACUGCUCUUGACACCUGCCGCUGACUCGGAGCGGAAUUUAUUCUCCUGCUGAAUACUGAUCUUGGAUCUGUUUGUGAUGCCAAUGCUUGGCUAUUUGGGCAGCAUUCGCACAGGCACUGACGCAGAUGAAGGAAACGACAAGAGUGUUGUUGUUGAAGACGAUGAAGAUGAAGAAGAAGAUGAUGAAGAUCUUUGCACUUUUCCUGAACAGGGGGGGAGCUUUAACUGACGGGGGGGAUGGAACCCGUGUUUUAAUCCCCCUCCUGGCAGGACUGCAGCAGCGACUGGACAAAGCAGUUUGAAGUACCACUGUACUGGUGCAGUGCCAUUGAAACGCUACUGAAAUCAAGCUACUACAAUGCAAAGGGACUUUAACAUGACUCAUGUUAACGCGAACCAGCACUGAGGAAGACCACUGUUCUGCUCCGUGGGAGAGGAAGGCCGAGAACGAACAUUUGGGUCUAAAAUCUUUGUUUCUCCUUCGUUUUUUUAUCCUCCUGAGACGUGUGUUUGAGUGUGUGUGUGUGUGCGUGCUUGCAUUUAACGGUGCUCCACUGCUUGCACAUGUGAGCAUGUGUGUGUUUUGUGUGCAUCUGUGUGGUGACGCCGCAUGAGCGCACUCCGUCUGACCUCUGACCUUUUACAGUUUUUGCAGUGUUGCUGUUCAAGAGUGCCUGAAUGUCAAGUUACGCCCCCGUCCCCUCUCUUCUCCGCUGUUUAGCCUCGAGCGCUGUCACCGGACAGAGCGUGGCUGGACUCGGCCGCUGCCCUGCGACAGAGACACACAUCUGGAGAGCAGACGUAAAAGUGUCGACUCCUCGGUUGCAAUAGUCUGCAUGAAUUCAGAACAGCCGUGCGCGAGGCAGUUGCAGAAAAUGUACAUUUAUUUUUCUUCUCAAGCAAAAAAAAAGACUUUCACUGGAACUCUUCUGAAGAGGGAGAAGCCUUGUUUGGAGUUGUUGCAGUGACAGACAGAGGGAGAAGCUGACACACAGUUGGAUGUGUGAGUGCUUUGCCGUCAGCUGGCAGCCGUCUUUACCGGGGGUUCUACCCUCCGACGGCAUCGACAGCCUGAACUCGCUGCAUGGUCCUCGUCUCUGAGCCUCGUGUCCUUCGACCGUGCCCUCUUCUCCUUUCGGUGUAGCAACCCUAUAGACGACUGCACACCCUGACGUACUAUGAAUGUGCCAAUUUCAAUGUUUUUUCUGUUUGCCGUCUCUCUUGAUUACUCGACUGAUCUGUUCUCUCUUUCUGGAAAGUGACCAAACCUACUCUUGAUUUUUUUUGUUCCUCUUCAGUCUCUUUCUCUUCCUUCUUCCUCCUACUAUUGAAAACUUGCUAUAAUAGUAACUGGUAUCGCUGUUUCUUGUCAGUGUAUUGAGGAAUGUCAUGUAGGCUAAUGACUUUGAAAACGUUUCAUUACUUGUUUUAUAUUAUCAUUAAUAAAUAUGCUUCUUGUAUUUAAAGCUGUGAAAUGAUAUAAUCUGUUUUUAAAACUUUGCC